CGUCAGCUCUUACGUUAACUGCCCUACUUUGGUCAGCUUCGAGGAUCAUCAAACUGGAAUUUUUUUUUGGGUGAGACGUGAAAAUGGAUUUUUUUUUUUUUGGUGAGACUUCAAAAUGGAAUUUGCAAGCUCCAACCUUUUAACUUCACUUCCAAGUUCAGCUUAGUGGCAGUGGCAGUGAGUGAGUGAGUGAGUGAUUGGAGAUGUCAAGCUCUGAGUGCUUUGAGAAUCCACCCACCUUGUUGAUCUCAACAAGUAAUGGAGUUGGAACUGUUCAAGAUGUGGGUGGCCUUAAAUCCUAUGUCACUGGCUCACCUCAUUCCAAACGUGCUAUCCUUUUUGCCUCCGAUGCUCUUGGGUAUGAGACUCCAAAAUUAAGGAAACUUGCAGCAGCUGACCAAUAUUUGGUGGUGGUUCCUGACUUUUUCUAUGGCGAUCCUAGCUAUCCUAAUAACCCUGACCGCGAUGAAUGGCUAAAAGCUCAUAACACGGAUAAAGGGCAUGAAGAUGCCAAACAAGUGGUUGCUGCUCUAAAGAGCAAAGGUCUUUCUGCCAUAGGAGCUUCUGGCUUUUGCUGGGGUGGAAAUGUUGUAAUCAAAUUAGCCGGUUCUACAGACAUUCAAGCUGCUGUUGUAUUGCACCCUGGUCGUGUUACAGAUGAAGACAUCAAUGAAGUAAAAGUUCCCAUUGCCAUAUUGGGAGCUGAGAUGGACAAGAUUGCUCCUCAAGAGCAUAUAAAACAUUUGGGAGAGAUUUUAUCAGCUAAAUCUGAGAUUGAUAGCCUUGUGAAGAUAUUUCCUGGGGUGGCUCAUGGGUGGACAGUGAGGUACAAUGAUGAAGAUCCUUUCGCUGUCAAGAGUGCUGAAGAAUCUCAUUUGGACUUAAUUAACUGGUUCACCAAAUAUGUCAAAUGAAACAGUACUGUCUCAUAGCUCAUAUCAGAAUGCAUAAGAAAUAAAAACUAAAAAUAAAAAAAGAACCUAUAAUUAGAAGUACUGAAAAUGGUCAUGAGGGUUUUUGUUUUAUCUGUAAAAAAAGCUUGGCUAGCAAGCCAUGCAUGUAAAAUUACAAGUAUUAAUACGAGUACAAUUAUAACAGCAAUAUUUGUGCUCAACAUCAAAACUAGUACAUUAUUAGAGUUAAUUACAAGUGAA